AUGGAGGUCAGAUCGGCAGCUCAGGGCUGGGCAGGCGCUGGGCGGGUCGCUUUGCUGGCCGCGGUGCUGCUGUGCGUGUGGUGGCGGGCGGCGGCCGAGCGGCUCCGCUACGCCAUCCCCGAGGAGCUGGGCAGAGGCUCGCUCGUGGGGCCGCUGGUGCGGGACCUGGGGCUCAGCGGGGACGAGCUGCCGGCGCGCAAGCUGCGGAUAGUCGCUGGUGACGAAAAGCACUACUUCACUCUCCAGGAGGAUAAUACAAACCUGCGUGUAAAUGACAGGAUAGACCGAGAGAGCAUCUGCGGGGCCGUGUCGCCCUGUGUCCUCAGUUUGGAGGCAGUCGUGGAAAACCCUUUCGACAUAUUUCAUGUGAGUGUUACUAUCCAGGAUAUCAAUGACAAUGCGCCACAGUUUGACAGAGAAUUUGUUACCAUAGAAAUAAUCGAGUCUACGCUUCCUGGGACCAGGUUCCCACUGGGCAGUGGCAGAGACCCUGACACUGGGGCAAACUCUCUACAGAACUACGAACUUACGCCCAGCCAAUUCUUCUCCCUUUUAGUGAGGGAGAGCCCUGAUGGGACAAAACACGCUGAACUGGUCCUGGAGAAAGUCUUAGAUCGAGAAAAACAGAGAAAUCACCAUUUGAUACUGACGGCAGUGGAUGGUGGGGAUCCAGUUCUAUCUGGGACCGCCCAGAUUAAGAUUAACGUGACCGACGCAAAUGACAACCCACCAGUAUUCACCAAAGAAAUCUACAUUGUUCGACUGAUGGAAAACCUGCCAGAGGGCUCCUUAGCCUUUCAGGUGAAAGCUACUGACAGUGAUGAAGGUACAAAUGCAGAAAUUACCUACUCCUUCAGCGACAUAGCAAAAAGUAUCCGCAAGCUCUUCACUCUGGACCCUAGGACAGGGGACGUGAGGGUUACAGGACCCUUAGAUUAUGAAGAAAGGAAAUACUACGAAGUGAGUGUUGAAGGCAAGGAUGGGGGAGGGCUCACUGCACAUGCCAAAGUACACAUAGACAUUAUAGACGUAAACGACCAUGCACCAACCCUUUCCCUACUUCCUAUCUUGAACCCGAUACCGGAGGACUCAGUCCCGAGCACAGUUGUAGCUGUGAUCAAUGUCCGUGACAGAGAUUCGGGAGAAAACGGAGAGGUGAGCUGUAAAAUGAACGAAAAUUUGCCCUUCAGAUUAGAAAUGUCAUCAGAGAACACAUACAAACUAAUAAUAGCCAGUGCCCUGGACAGAGAAAACGUCUCCGUUUACAACAUCACCAUCACUGCCACGGACCGGGGCAGGCCGUCGCUGUGGAGCAGCAGGGAGCUGGUGCUGGAGGUGUCGGACGUGAACGACAACGCGCCGGUGUUCGAGGAGGCGGCGUACAGCGCGUACGUGGCGGAGAACAACGCGUACCGCAUGCACAUUGGUACUGGUAUUCUGUGGAAAGAGAAUGGCUGCUUGUCCAUGAUGGGGUCGAGGAAAAAGUAG